UGUAGCUUCCACGAGUAUUCAAGAUUACAAACGCCUCCAUAAAAUGCAAGUCUCUAUAUAUACGAUCCAUACCUCAUCAUCAUCCAAAUCACUCGUUGCUAUCUCCAAAGUCCCAGCACACCCAUUUCCGUUCUUUGUCCUUGAUGGGUUUAGUCUUUGGAAAAAUAACCGUUGAGACAGCAAAAUAUGAAGUGAUCAAAUCCACAAGUGAGUACGAAAUCCGUAAGUAUGCACCAUCAGUAGUGGCUGAAGUCACAUAUGACCCUUCACAGUUCAAGGGAAACAAAGAUGGUGGCUUUAUGAUUUUGGCCAAUUACAUUGGCGCUGUGGGGAAGCCCCAGAACACCAAGCCUGAAAAGAUUGCCAUGACUGCACCGGUCAUAACAAAGGACAGUGUUGGUGGUGGUGGCAGUGAUGGUGAGAAGAUUGCUAUGACCGCUCCAGUUGUGACGAAGGAGGGUGGCGGUGAAGGUGAAGAAGGGAAGAGGAACAAGAUGGUGACUAUGCAGUUUGUUUUGCCUGCUGUGUAUGGGAAGGCCGAGGAGGCGCCUAAGCCGACCGAUGAGAGGGUUGUGAUCAGAGAAGAGGGUUUGAGGAAGUAUGGGGUGGUGAAGUUCGGAGGAGUGGCGUCGGAGCAGGUGGUGAGGGAGAGGGUGGAGAAGCUGAGGGAGAGUUUGGAGAAAGAUGGGUUUAAGGUUGUUGGAGAUUUCUUGUUGGGGAGGUACAACCCUCCUUGGACAAUUCCUGCGUUCAGGACCAACGAGGUUAUGAUCCCAGUCGAAUGAACUCGAAGGGUGUUACUUAAUGAAUAAUGAUAUACAGAUUUCAGUGCUUUCUGUUACUUCUGCAUGAUGUUAAGUUUUAUUGUUGUUAAGAAGUUGUUGUAGUGCUGCUUCUUCUUGUUAUGUUUAAAUUAAAUACACAUAAUGAAUGUUUUUGAUGUGCCAGGUUUUUGUUCA